AUGUAUUCGAUGGGUGGUGGUUCGCUGUUGUUGCUGCUGCUCUUGUUGGGGAACGGUGGUUACGCUUUGAAAGUUUCCACCACGAAAAUCGUUGGCGGUCAAGAGGCAAAGCCGGGUGAGUUUCCCUAUCUGGUGUCGAUUCAGUGGAAUUUUGCAAACGGCUCGCGGGCGGUUCAUUUCUGUGCUGGGACAAUCGUGCAAACGUCGUGGAUACUAACGGCUGCUCACUGCCGCGAGACGACGUUCGACGUUGGCUGGUUGGAAGUGGUGGCGGGUGAGUUCGAUCUGCAGCACGUGGACGGCGGUGAGCAACGGCGCAAUGUGAGCAGAUUUUUAGUACACGAGCAGCGGGCGCCCGGUUUCGUUGGACCGAACGAUGUUGCUUUGAUUAAAUUGGUUGAACCAUUAAUUUUAACUGUAAACGUUUCAAUCGUACAACUGGACAGCAGAAAAUCGCCAAUAUAUGGGUAUGCUUUACUGCCAGGAUGGGGGUCGGUUUCGACAACCGUCGAGCCUAUUUAUCCAGCGAAGCUGCAGAAAGUCGACCUGCCGGUGUUUCCGUACGAUGCAUGCUUGCAGUACUUUCCGCUUUUCAGUCCGCUGGAAGAGACGAAUUUUUGUGCCGGAGAGCUUAGCGGGUCGGCUAAUGCGUGCCACAAAGAUUCCGGAGGGCCGCUGGUUCAGACAAUCGACGGAACCGAACUACAGGUGGGCAUCGUUUCCUGGGGAGCGUUUCCCUGUACGGCGUAUCGCAGUCCCACCGUGAUAACCUGGGUCAGUGCGUUCAAGGACUGGAUUCGGAUCAGUAUAGAACAGAACUCGGCGCAGGAGUUCAGUGGAACGGUCAAAGCCAAUGCUUAA